CACCGGGCCGCCCGGGCGGGGCCGCGCUCGGGCACGUGGCGGCGCUCCUGGCCGGUCGGCUCCUGACCUCUGGCCCGCCGCACCCCCGACCCCGGGGUGGAAAAGUCCGGAGGGCGCGGCCGGAGCCGGGGACGGGGCGGGGGAGAGGACGAGCCUCCAGGUGCCCGCGUGUCCUGGCUGGGGCUGCGGCGGAGGUCGGGGCGCGGCCCCCCAGAGCCGCCCCGCCGCGCUCAGACGCGCGCGGGGGCCACCCCUCCUCCCGCCAUUCAUUUUGUGCCCUGCUGAGGAACCUCGUUCACUGGUGGGCUGGGGCGCGGCCCGAGGCGCCCGCGGUCGGCCGGGAAGGGCUCCCGGCUGCCGAUCUGCACCCUGGGCGACAAGUGCUGGCCCGGCGCAAUCAGCGGGGAGCCGCGCCAAGUCUGAGGGCCCGUCUAAAUUCGGCUCCCUGCCCCCUCCCCCACUCCCUUGCUGGCCCGGGGCGGGGGGGGGGGAGGGGCCCAGAGAAGCCGCCCUGAGGACCCUGAGAGCCAUGGCCAUGCAGAAGAUCUUUGCCCGGGAAAUCCUGGACUCCAGGGGCAACCCCACAGUAGAGGUGGACCUGCACACGGCCAAGGGCCGAUUCCGAGCAGCUGUGCCCAGCGGAGCUUCCACGGGUAUCUAUGAGGCCCUGGAACUGAGAGAUGGAGACAAAUCCCGCUACAUGGGGAAAGGGGUCCUGAAGGCCGUGGAACACAUCAACAAGACCCUAGGCCCCGCUCUGCUGGAAAAGAAACUAAGCGUCGUGGAUCAAGAAAAAGUUGACAAAUUUAUGAUCGAGCUGGACGGGACUGAGAACAAGUCCAAGUUUGGGGCCAAUGCCAUCCUGGGCGUCUCCCUGGCCGUGUGCAAGGCUGGCGCAGCAGAGAAGGGGGUCCCGCUCUACCGGCACAUCGCGGACCUCGCCGGGAACCCGGACUUGGUCCUCCCGGUCCCUGCCUUCAACGUGAUCAAUGGGGGCUCCCAUGCUGGAAACAAGCUGGCCAUGCAGGAGUUCAUGAUCCUGCCCGUGGGAGCCAGCUCCUUCAAGGAAGCUAUGCGCAUCGGCGCCGAGGUCUACCACCACCUCAAGGGGGUCAUCAAGGCCAAGUACGGGAAGGAUGCCACCAACGUGGGCGACGAGGGUGGCUUUGCACCCAACAUCCUGGAGAACAACGAGGCCCUGGAGCUGCUGAAGACCGCCAUCCAGGCGGCCGGCUACCCCGACAAGGUGGUCAUCGGCAUGGACGUGGCAGCGUCCGAGUUCUAUCGCAACGGGAAGUACGACCUCGACUUCAAGUCCCCUGACGACCCAGCGCGGCACAUCACUGGGGAGAAGCUGGGGGAGCUGUACAAGAACUUCAUCAAGAACUACCCUGUGGUUUCCAUCGAGGACCCCUUCGACCAGGAUGACUGGGCCACCUGGACCUCAUUCCUCUCGGGGGUGAACAUCCAGAUCGUGGGGGACGACCUCACGGUCACCAACCCCAAGAGGAUUGCCCAGGCCGUUGAGAAGAAGGCCUGCAACUGCCUGCUGCUGAAGGUCAACCAGAUUGGCUCAGUGACCGAGUCCAUCCAGGCCUGCAAACUGGCUCAGUCUAACGGCUGGGGGGUGAUGGUGAGCCACCGCUCCGGGGAGACUGAGGACACGUUCAUCGCCGACCUCGUCGUGGGGCUCUGCACGGGACAGAUCAAGACUGGUGCUCCCUGCCGCUCAGAGCGUCUGGCCAAGUACAACCAGCUCAUGAGGAUCGAGGAGGCUCUCGGGGACAAGGCUGUCUUUGCGGGACGCAAGUUCCGUAACCCAAAGGCCAAGUGAGAAGCUGCAGGCCCCAAGACCUCACAGGGCCCAUCUAGGCCUUCAGGCCCUUCCCUGGGGGAAUAAACACUGGUGGCAA